AUUGGCUUCUUUGCCGUAGAGCAGGGUUAGGGUUUAUCGGCGGCUGCUGGAGGAGAGGGGGAGGAGGCGAGCGCUAUGGCGGAACAGACCGAGCGCGCCUUUCUCAAGCAGCACAAGGUCUUUCCCCUAGGGAAGACGUCUGGGAAGAAGAAGAGGCCCGGCAAGGGCGGCAGUCGUUUCUGGAAGAACGUCGGGUUGGGCUUUAAGACUCCUCGCGAGGCGAUCGAAGGCACCUACAUCGACAAGAAGUGCCCAUUCACCAGCGACGUGUCCAUCCGUGGCCGAAUCCUCACUGGAACUGUGGCUACAACCAAGAUGACCCGGAGCAUUAUCGUGAGGCGAGAUUACUUGCACUAUGUGAAGAAGUAUCAGAGGUAUGAAAAGAGGCACUCAAACGUGGCAGCUCAUGUGUCGCCGUGCUUUCGUGUCAAGGAAGGAGAUAAAGUGAUCCUCGGCCAGUGCAGACCUCUUUCCAAGACGAUCCGGUUCAAUGUGCUCAAGGUGAUCCCGCGAGGAGCCUCCGACGGUGGCGCGAAGAAGGUCUUCACGGCAGCUUAAGAGCUUUUUGUAUGUUUCUUGAAAAACCAACGGCCGAGAUUACUCUACGAGUGUUUGUUCGAAAUCAAUGCCUGCGAUGCGUUCAAA